CCCCAGCAAAACCUGUACUACGCGGGUCUGCAGAUAUGACGGAAGGAAUAGCCACCAUUAUCCGUUGCUAUGCAGAUCACACGUGUGCCAGCAGACCCCCUUCUCUACAAUGGAACAAACCUGGACCGACCAAUAGACAAUCAGUAACAUUAUCUGGAGGGAACUGGAGAGAAGUAUCAGUACUUACUUAUAUUCCUACAUAUGUGGACGAUGGGACACUCAUUCAAUGCACCGCCACCUAUCAUAAUGGACUAAGAAUCCAGAAUGAAGCUACACUGAGCAUCAAAUUCCCGCCAAAAGGUGUGACUGUCACAUCUGUUGUAACACAAGGAGGUGAUGUGUAUUUAUCAUGCGGAAGCAGAAACUCCAAACCAGCCGUAUAUAAAUAUGAAUGGUACAGAGGGAAGAAUAAAACUAAAUUACAAGACUGGACACAAAGAAUUCUUGUGAAGAAUGUGACAUGGGACACUGAGCCCUUUUCCUGUACUGCAAUAAAUGACGUGGGAAGAGGAGAGUCAGCGCUAACAGAGAUUCCUGUGCAAUAUGCUCCUAUCAAAGUUCACAUUAUUCAAUCUGAACCCAAAGACGGAGUCACUGAGCUGAAGUGUGAUUUCCUGAGCAGCAGACCCAACGUGACACACUACAGCUGGAUGAAGGAUAACUCUUUACUACCAAAUGAAACCGGACAGAUCCUACUGGUAAUCAAAACGGAAGAGAAUAAUGGAAUCUACUCUUGUAUCGCACACAACGGAGCUGGGAGUUCCCCCUCUGAAGAGGUCUCUAUUGAAGCUCAAAAAGCUGAUAGUCUAAUUGCUAAAAGUGACUUGUUACUUGUGAUUCUGUUGGUGUUGGGUGGAGGUCUUCUGAUUCUGCUUAUACUGGUCGUCUUCUUUUAUAUAAGAAGAAAGAGGAGCAAGUCAGCUCAUGAUACUCCCCCAAUCCUUGGAGCAACUACCAUGAUCCCUCACAUGAUGGGUCACGAGCAAAUACUAGAGGAACAUCAUGAGUAUGGAAAUAUCCAGACAACAAGAUCCCCGGGGUCAUCUGAUCAGAGAUAUGAAGACAAUAGUGCAAUUUACAGCAAUGGAGAGAUUAUGCAUGCACCUCUCGAAAUUGAAUAUUCAGCAAUCGUCCAUCCUAGACCCAACCAGGCAAGACAAUCCCAUCGCCAUGAAGAGCCUGUGGAAUAUGCAACUGUGAAACGUUAAAGAAGACAAGUAGUCUAAGAGACGAUGGACACUUUAUAUCUAGCUUAUUUAUACCUACAGAACCAUCAUCGGUGCUGUACAUUAAGCUUUCAACUGUUUUAAGAGCUUUCACAUCUGAUAUAUUGUUGUAUUUCAUCAUCAUCAUCAUCAUCAUCAUCAUCAAUGAGUCUAUAUCCUAUAGCCAUAACAAGACAAAACAAUUUGUGAAGAAAGUUAUCUGAAUGUUGAUAAACCAAAAAGAAUAACUGGUUUUGAAACACGUUCAUUAAAAAAAUAGACCUGUAAUGUGGAAACUCAGUGGUUGAUCAUCUCUUGUUGGAAAGUACAAUUAGGGUGGCCAAUCCUGGGCCAUUUUUUCAAUCCAUCAAACCGGAUUGAAAAAUUAUCAAUCCUGGGAUUGGCUUUUUUUGUGUAAAUUAAUUUUUUUUGAAUGUGUCCCUUCCCCCCCCCACACACACACAGCCCAGCGUGACCCCUGACAUCACAUCACCCUGCGCGGUGCACCGGCCAGGGGCAAGGGGAGAUGGACAGGGGGAUCCAGGUAGCAUCUGAGCCUCCUGAGAAUGCUCAACGCUGCCCGGCAUUGAAAAAGCAAAGAGAACUGGCCAAUCCUGAAAUCCCCAGGAUUGGAAGCUCCAAUCCUGGGAUUGAAUCCCGGGCAAUUUUUGGCCAAAAUCCAGGGAUCCCGCCGAUCCUGAUCCCGGGAUUGGCCACCAUAAGUACUAUGUUAGUAAAAUGUAUACACUUAUUUAUUGAUAUAAUAAAUCAGGCCUCACACUGACAAAUAAAAGUAGCAUGAUCCUAUAAUGUAUUGUGUAUAUGUAUAUAUAUAUAUAUAUAUAUAUAUAUAUAUAUGUUGCUUGCAAGAAUCCACACUCACAUCCAAUUUAGAUCAACCACGGGGUGCCCCAUAAAGGUAACAUUGUUUAUGUUCUGAUUCUAUAGAAAUUAGGACCACUCUGUCAGUAGAGGGCACUCACCAAUCAUAAAAGUCCAAAAUGUGUUUAUUAAACCAUUACAAUCCAAGUAUAAAGUCAUAAAGUCAACAUUUUGCCCAAUCGAGGUCUUUGUCAGGACAGAGAUAGAACCCAAAACUAUCUGCACACUAAUAUGAACAGGUUACCAAAGAAACAACUGGAAAAGUUCCAC